AUGGGCCUGCCCAGUAACCGAAGGCACAGCCUCACCGUGGACAUAACUCCUUCUCUCUUGUGUUCCCUUCAGGGAAACAUGGGGACUCUGAUCAACAUGCAGCCCCUGUUUCUGCUCUUCCUGCUGCUGAAGCCACUGCAGUUUGUGAGGAUAAAUGAUCCAUCUUUAUCAGAUGAACGACGAGAAGAAUUAGAAGACUAUUUAGAAGACUUAUAUGCUACAGGGCCUACCAAACCACCUACCAAGGAAAUGUUCAAAACCCAUGUCAUUAUUAAUUCUGAAAUGCCGUUAACUGAUCAAGACUACUGCAAUCAAGAAAUGAGGAUGAAACGUGUUCACAAUAGGCUUUAUUGUGUUAAACAGCAUUUCUUCCUCCAAGCAUCAUAUAAUGACAUUCAAGAGAUCUGUCAUAACAUUUUUGUGCAAUGCACAAAUGGGGUUAGGAAAUGUCACAGGAGCCAGCAAAUAAUAUCCGGAGUGCAUUGUGCUUUAAAAAGUGGGACCAUGAUGCCAUUUUGUGAAUACACAUCAUCUUACAGAGAGGGAUGGGUCCUUAUCACUUGUCAAUGGGACGAUAUUGUUGGAGAAAUUAUCCCUGUGUCUGUAAUUGAUAUUUUGGCCAUAUAAAGAAUCAUCCACCAGGAAAAUCUCUUUUCCUCCACCCCUCUAGAAGUAUAUUCUCUGAGAUGUUACAGCAAGAAGAUAGAAUCCUAUCCUUACUGAUCCCUACAAGUCAAACUUGAGAAUGGAAAUUUUUAUCCCAUUCACUUUCAUCAUUCGCUGCUUGCCCUUUUUCUCCUUACACUAGGCAAAGGAAAGGUGGGCUGGAUUAAGAGAUAGUGCUCUGAGAUGGAUUCAAACAGGUCACAGAGUUUAGCACACUUUGAAUUUUUUAAAUGGGUGAAUGCCUGCAGGGAAAGGCUGACCAGCACCAAGAGGAAUACGAAAUGUUUGCUGAUAAGUGUAAGUGAAAGCCCCUCAGUCAUGUCUGACUCUUUGUGACCCCAUGGACUAUACAGUCUGUGGAAUUCUCCAGACCAGAAUAGUGGAGUGGGUAGCCUUUCCCUUCUCCACGGGAUCUUUCCAACCCAGGGAUUGAUCCUAGGUCUCUCACAUUACAGGCAGAUUCUUUACCAGCUGAGCCACAACAGAAGCUCCAAAGUUGUAUUCAUGUGAAUUUCUGGUUCAGUAGAAAUAAUAAAGUGCAUCGAUGUAGUUAGGUGUCUCUGGAAUGCUUAUGUGGGGUUUUUGGGUUUGCCUGACCUUCCUCUGUGACACAACUUGAAACAAAAAGAAUUGAAGGGACUUUCAUGGUGGUCCGGAGGCUAAGAUUCUAGGCUCCCAAUACAGGGACCCUGCGUUCCAGUUCUGGUGUUGGAAUUAGAUCCCGCAUGCCGAAUCCAAGAGUUUACAUGCUGCAAAUGUAAACAUGCCACAAGCUCCAACUAAAAAUUUGGAUGUCACAAAGAUCAAGAUCUCGAAAGCUACAAGAAAAACCUGGCACAUUAAGUAAAUAAAUAAUUU